AUCACUUACGUAUAGUAUAAAAAAAGAGGUGGAGUUGGGUUAGCUAGUUAGAGUUAUUCAUUAUAUUCAUCACAAGAUUCCAUCGUUUUGCAGACAUGAAGAAAAGAGAAGACGACGAAGAAGAAGAAGAUCGUCAAGAAAGUGACGGCGGCGAUCGGACGGCGGCUGUGAUUAAUGUGUGGGACUGCGGGAGCCCCUUGUAUGAUUCUUUCGAGCUUGUUUCGGUUGCGCAUCUCAUCGAGCGGAACAUGAGGGCCCUGCCGCCGUCGCCGCCGUCGUCCGGCAGAUCGUCGGCGGCGGAAAUGGAUAACAGGUAUAGGGGAUUGUUGGCGAGAAGAUCCGGUGACCGGAAAAGGAAGAGUGAAGAGAGUACGGCGCCUAAGGUGCGGAAGCUUAAGAGUGGGUUUUAUAGCUUUUUUGCUACUGUUGGGUUGAUGAAGAAAUAAGAGAAUUAUGAAAGAUUUGUAAUGGAUAAAUUCAAGAUCGAUCUACUUCAUAAUUUUUAAGUUUAAUGCCUUUAGUA